GUAGAAUCGUUGUAAUUCAUAAACCGCUUCAACAACCAAAAUCAACUUCACUCCAAAAAAUCACUUCUACUAUAAUCAAUUACCGUAGAGCAAUGCACUACUUCAAUCAUUAUUCUUACCAUUUCCACACUCAGUCACACCAUCAACGCAGCUAGGUUCAUUUCCCUUCAAAGGAAGGGAAAGAGUCUUACAAAGAAGAAGAUGGGUUUCGUGUUCGGCGUGGUGGCCGGAAUAAUAGUCGGCCUCGCCAUCAUCGUCGCCUUCGUCCGCUCCGAGAAUGCGCGCUCCGCCCAGCGAUCCCAACUCGCCGCCACCGUCGCCGCUUUCGCCAGAAUGACGGUGGAAGAUUCCAGAAAACUUCUCCCUUCUCAGUACUACCCUUCCUGGGUCGUCUUCUCCAAUCGCCAGAAGCUAACUUGGCUCAACUCGCAUCUCACCAAGAUCUGGCCCUAUGUCAAUGAAGCUGCUUCUGAGCUCAUCAAAACCUCCGUCGAACCGAUUCUGGAGCAGUAUAGACCCAUGAUUUUGGCUUCUCUGAAGUUUUCCAAGUUCACUCUUGGCACUGUAGCGCCGCAGUUUACAGGGGUGUCUAUAAUUGAAGAUGGUGGAGUGGAUGGUGUUACAAUGGAGUUAGAAAUGCAGUGGGAUGGGAAUCCUAAUAUUAUACUUGAUAUUAAAACUCUGCUUGGUGUUGCACUACCAGUGCAGGUAAAAAAUAUAGGAUUUACUGGCGUUUUCAGGUUGAUUUUUAAGCCGCUAGUUAAUGAAUUUCCUGGCUUUGGAGCAGUUUGCUAUUCAUUAAGGCAGAAGAAAAAGUUGGAUUUUACCCUAAAAGUCAUUGGUGGCGACAUAUCAACAAUCCCUGGAUUAUAUGAUGCCAUUGAGGGGACAAUCCGAGACGCUGUUGAAGAUUCUAUAACAUGGCCAGUGAGAAAAAUUGUACCCAUCUUGCCCGGAGACUAUAGUGAUCUGGAGUUGAAGCCUGUGGGGAUAUUAGAAGUAAAACUUGUGCAAGCAAAGGAGUUAACAAACAAGGAUAUUAUUGGAAAAUCGGAUCCAUAUGCUGUACUAUACAUACGGCCUAUACGUGACAGAAUGAAAAAAAGCAAGACAAUUAACAAUGAUUUAAAUCCAAUUUGGAAUGAGCACUAUGAAUAUAUCGUUGAAGAUGUGUCCACUCAACACUUGAUUGUCAAGAUUUAUGAUUCGGAGGGUUUGCAGGCGUCUGAAUUGAUUGGAUGUGCUCAGAUACGGCUUAGUGAUCUUGAACCUGGUAAAGUAAAAGAUGUGUGGUUGAAGCUAGUCAAGGACUUGGAGCUGCAAAGAGAUAACAAGAACAGAGGGCAGGUACAUUUGGAGCUUUUGUACUGUCCUUUUGGCAUGGAGAAUAGCUUUACCAAUCCAUUUGCUCCCAACUACUCAAUGACAUCCUUGGAAAAGGUUCUUAAAAGUUCAACAAAUGGAAUAGAGGCUAAUGGAAAUGAAAAUGCAGCUACACAGAAGAAAAAGGAGGUUAUUAUUAGAGGAGUUCUUUCUGUUACUGUGAUAUCUGCUGAAGAAUUGCCUGCAGUAGAUUUCAUGGGAAAAUCUGAUCCCUUUGUUGUUCUGACCUUGAGGAAAGCAGAAACAAAAAACAAAACCAGGGUCGUGAACGACAGCUUAAAUCCUGUUUGGAAUCAAACAUUUGACUUUGUUGUUGAGGACGGAUUACAUGAUAUGCUAAUUGUUGAAGUUUGGGACCACGACACAUUUGGAAAGGAUUAUAUGGGGAGAUGCAUAUUGACGCUUACCAGGGUAAUACUGGAGGGGGAAUACAAAGAACGUUUUGAGCUAGAUGGUGCCAAAUCUGGCUAUUUGAAUCUUCAUCUCAAGUGGAUGCCCCAACCAAUUUACCGCGAUUCUUAAAUUUUUCUGACACCGUGUAGUUUUGGAUAUAUGUAGACUGUAUUGUCACCUACACAUGUGCAUCUUGUAUCUUGAUACAGUUACAUCAAACAAGCUAUGUAAAUUGUUGUCUCAUCAAACUUGUAAAGAUAAUAUAUACAGGUUUGUAGAUCAGAUUGUCCUUUUCAAUCGUUUUGGCCUGUUAUUGUUUAGUAAAUGCCUCAUUGAUGUUGGGAUGUAAAAUUAUCAGUUCAUGGUUGGACAAGUAUCUUCCAGGCUUUGAAGUUUCAAGGAUUAUAUUGAUAUAUUUCAUGGC